CUGCCAGUGGGAGGUUUAUAACACUGGCCGUGACCUAUAGAGGAGACGUCUAUUUCGUGCCCGAAGUGAAACUGAGGAUGGGGAAACUACGGGAAGUGACGAGUUAGAAGGCUAGCCAUAUCGUAAUUGGAUAUAAAUUUUAGAUAUGAAUCAUGAUCUUGUAUUUGGAGAUUUAUGAUAUCAGAGAGAUUUUAUAAUUUGAUCUUCAGAUUUUGAUGGUAUCAGAGUGUGAAUGUGAUAAGUUCCGAGCCUUGUGCAUUUGUGGGACCCGUCUCACGAGUGCACGGCGUCUGCCGCGUCUCGAAAUUGGGUUUUGGGGCAUGACAGAUUUAGUGGUAUCAGAGCAUAGGUUUGAUUAAGAUUUAGUGGUAUCAGAGCUUAGGUUGAAAUUAAGAGCUUGGUUUAAAUUAAGAGUUUAGAAUUAAAUUAAACACCUCCAGAUUGAGUGGCAUCAGAGCAGAUUGAGUGAUAUCCGAGCCUAGGUUUAAUUGAAUACCUAGGAUUUGUUUUGGACUUGGCUAGCCAGUGGAUUGUAGAAUCGUGGUGAGACGAGUGAUGGGGUUAUAUAAGGGAUGAUUCUGAUUCAUGUUGCCUGAAUUUUCUCAUCCAUUUCGAUGAGAUGGUGAUCUGAUUGUUCUUGUUUCUUGCCUUCAUACUCUGUGUGAAGUUGUGAAAGUAAUCUUGCUCGUUAUGUCCUGAAGACCUUGUUUUGAAACUUGGUCAUUUUUUUGAUUGUCUGCACUUGUUUAGGCUUGUUACGUGAAUAGAAUUUUGUAUGCUCUUUUGCCACAAUUGUGAAAUCUGGGGAGUUGCAGAGACUUUUGUUAUUGAUCCUGUUAGUCUCUACAGCAUAACUGGUGGAGAAUUUGUUUUGUUUGUCACAUGACUAGUGGAAGAUGGGCAACUCUCGACUUUGUAAGAGAUUCCAGGCUAUUUUAGCAAUGUUGUGUGUUUUUCUAGAUGCGUUUUAGGAGCUGGAUUACUUGGUAAUUCCGUUGCUCCUUAUCUUCUGAAAGUCUUGUAGUGAAGUUUCAUUUUUUUCCAUUUGGAGCUUCAUGAUCUUUUUAUGUGGCUCAUUUUUCUAUAUUGGUUAAUCAAGAACAGUGAUCUUUCAAUUGAAAUUGUCAUCUUUUUGUGAAGAUUGGCAAGUUGUCAUAAAGUUAAACUCUCUAUUGUUGCCAAUCUCUACAUUCUUGAUACUUGGAAAUUGCUUGAAACUCUUGAAUCAUCUUGAAUCUUUCUUGAUAUUGCUUUGUACUUGUUCUUGAAACUAAAAUCCAGAAAUGGAUAAUGAUUUUUGAAAUCCUCAUUAUCUGGAUACUUGUUGAAAUUAAUUCUUGCAUUGUUC